AGUAAACAGUAAAAGAAGCAUAAAAAUUAAGGCAGAAAUAAUAUAUUGUUGUGGUAGUUGAGAAGAAGGGUACAAUACAACAUCCUAUUCCUAUAUAUAUCUACCAAAAGCAGCCGACGGCAUCUUAUAUAUAUAUAUAUAUAUUCAUCGUUUUCUUCCUCUCUUCUUCACGUCUCACGCCAAACAAUGGACGCACUUAUUUUCUUUAUCGGCGUCAUAGGGAAUGUAAUCUCAGUUCUCAUGUUUCUUUCUCCGGCGAAGACUUUUGUGAGAAUAGUGAAGAAGAAGUCGACGGAGGAAUUCGAGAGCCUUCCCUACAUUUGCACGCUCCUCAAUUCUGCUCUCUGGACUUACUAUGGAAUCAUCAAGCCCGGCAGCUACCUCGUCGCCACCGUCAACGGCUUCGGAGCCGUCGUCGAGAUCAUAUACGUCGCCUUGUUCCUUCUCUUCGCUCCUCCUAACAAACGGGUUAGGACAGCAAUACUAGUGGGGAUAUUGGAUGUUGGGUUUUUAGCAGCAGCUUUGGUAGCCACUUAUUUCCUUUUGGAUGGAGAGCUAAGGAUUGAUGCCAUUGGAUUGAUAAGCUCAGGCCUCAAUAUCAUCAUGUAUGCUUCACCUCUUUCAGCCGUGAAAACAGUGGUAACGACAAAGAGUGCGGAGUAUAUGCCGUUUCUUCUCUCAUUUUUCCUUUUCUUGAAUGGUGGGGUUUGGACUUUCUACGCAGUUCUUGUGCGAGACUGGUUUCUUGGAGUUCCAAAUUCAAUAGGAUUUGUGUUAGGAGCUCUGCAGCUGGUGCUUUAUGCCAUUUACAGAAACCCUAAAAAUUCAGAUAAAUUUCCACCCGAUUUUGAUACUAAUCAAAUUUCACACAAAGAAUCCCUCCUUCCACGUUCUUCAAACUGUUGAGUUCCACUUUAUAUUUCUAAGAAAAUCAGACAUUAUUAUUAUUUUUUUUAUUAAAAAAUAGUUAUGUGAGAGAUGAAAGAGAGUAGAAGAAUAGAAUUCAUGUGAGUGCCCUUUUAAAAUUCCAUAUUUUUGUAUAUUUUGCUGUCUAUACAUAUUUUUGUAUUGAUUGUAAGAUCGAAUGUGUGUCGUGGGUUUGUCAAAAGUAUAUAUACAAACAAAUAUAUAUGCUCUUGUUUAAUAGAAGAAAAUUUAUUUUAUGGUGCACAACAAAAAAUCUUUGACUAGUAUACCGAGUAUAACGUGUGAACUUAUGAAACGAUCAUCCACAAAAAUUAUAGUAAAACCUCUAGAAAUUAAUAGAUUAAUAAUUUUAUUAAUUUAGAGAGAUAUUAAUAUAUUGAUAAAUUAAUAGUAAUUUAUUAAUUUAUAGAGUGUUUUCUUAUUUUCAGAAAUUAUUAUUUAGAUCAAGUGUGUAAAAACACAUAGUAGAUAAUGUCUUAUUGUAUUUAAAUUAAAUAGAUUCAGC